AUGGCGAGCAAGAUCACGCCCUUCCUCUUCCGCUCGUGCAUGCGCACCGCCUCCCGCGUCGCCCGGCCCCAAACGCGCGCCUUCUCCGUCACAGCUUGCCGGCCGAGCGAUACUCUGAUGAUUCACCGAAAUACCGCGGACAACAACCCCGACAUUCCCUUCAAAUUCAACAAGGAGAAUGAAGCCCUCAUGGCCGAGAUUCUCAAGCGAUACCCCGAGCAGUACAAGAAGGCUGCCGUCAUGCCCCUGCUCGACCUGGGCCAGCGACAGCACGGCUUCACCAGCAUCAGUGUCAUGAACGAAGUCGCUCGUCUGCUGGAGAUGCCGCCUAUGCGAGUGUACGAAGUAGCUUCCUUUUACACCAUGUACAACCGAGACCCUGUGGGCAAGUUCUUCGUCCAGGCCUGCACAACGACUCCCUGCCAGCUGGGCGGCUGUGGAUCGGAUGUCAUCGUCAAGGCUAUCAAGGACCAUCUCGGCAUCAAGCAGGGCCAGACUACCCCAGACGGAUUAUUCACCUUUAUCGAAGUCGAGUGCCUGGGUGCUUGUGUCAACGCUCCGAUGAUUCAAAUUAACGACGACUACUACGAGGAUCUUACGCCCGAGACGGUGGUUGACCUUCUCAAGGCGUUGAAGGCUAGUGCUGGUGAUGCUGGUGCUGCGGCCAAGGUUCCCAAGGCGGGGCCCCUGACGGGCAGGGAUACGUGUGAGAAUAGCAAGGGCCAGACGAACUUGUUGGAUGAGCCGUGGGGUGCUGAGAAGACGAGGUCGGACUUGUAG